AUGGCAGGCGAUUUACCCGGUGCCACCUGUGCAAAAAGAAGAUCACGUAAGGUACCUUACACAACCCUAUGCCACCUUUCUACGAUCGCAAUGGCCCAGUCGCGUCCGAUCAUGCGCUUCGGCAAGUCCCGCAAUGAGUUCUGCAAGAUCCUCUUCAUCAUCGAUAUGAACAGCGCAGUGGACGAUGUUGCCAACCGGAUUGUCCGCCUCUACCAAGAGCUCGGAAGAAAGAAGAAGACGAAUCAACGAUGGAAAAAUAUUGACAGCUGA